AUGAGUAUCAAGCUGGUAGUUGGUGGGUUUACUGUAAACGUGAUUAGUGCAUACGCUCCUCAGGUAGGUUUGGACCAAGAGGUCAAAAAGCAAUUCUGGGAGGAUUUGGACGAGAUGGUGCGUAGUAUUCCGCACAUAGAGAAACUGUUCAUUGGCGAAGAUUUCAAUGGCCAUAUUGGGGCUAGUGCUAGAGGUUAUGAUGAUGUGCAUGGCGGGUUCGGUUUUGGGGAUAGGAAUGAGGGAGGGAAUUCACUGUUGGAUUUUGCUAGAGCUUUUGAUUUGGUUAUAGCUAACUCGAGUUUUUCGAAGAGGGAAGAACACCUGGUCACUUUCCAGAAUUCAAUAGGCAAGACUCAGAUUGAUUAUCUUCUCUGCAGGAAAUGCGAUAAAG